AUGGGCGAUCGAAGUCGAAGAGGUCGAGAUUCACGCAGUGGCCCAGAUUAUAGCGAUUAUGAAGAAGAACGCGAGGAAAAUAAUAAAAUUCCAUUUCAUACCGUUUUCUUCUACAAUGUUCCAUAUUCUGUCAAAAGGAGCCAGCUGAAUCCAUUUUUUGAUAAAUUUGGUGAAGUCAAAGGCGUGUUUGAAGCUCGUGAUAAGUCCUAUUAUUUUGUUACUUAUUAUAAUCUCAAAUCUGCAAUAAAAGCUGUUGAAGGACAACCAUAUAAUGAGUUUGGCGAUCGAGCGAUUAGAGCUAAUUAUGCGUACAGAGCCCAGAAUCAAAAGAAAGAGAAAUGCGCCACAGUUUUAGUCAGUGUUUCUUCUGGCGAACUUAAUGACUCUGAAGUCCAUGAAUCGUUUGUACAAUUUGGCGAGAUCCGCAUUAUUCGUCGUGAUUCUCCAAAAUCUUUUGUUGUGAAGUAUUAUGAUCUCAGAGAUGCACAAAAAGCUGUUGAUGCUUCUGGAAAAGUUAAGAUCGGUGAUAAAGAGUGUAAGAUUGAAUUUAAAUAUGGCGAAGAUGAUGGAUUAGAGCAGGAGGACCGAAAAGAUAAAGACAAAGAUCGAAGAGAUCGAGAUAGAGACAGGGGAAGAGAUCGAGAUCGUCACAGAGAUCGCGAUCGAGACCGUGAUAGAGAAAGAGAUCGAGAUCGUGAUCGCGAUAGAGAUAGACAUAGAAGAGAUAGAGAUAGGGAUCGUGAUAGAGAUCGCGACCGCGAUAGGGAUAGAGAUAGAGAUCGUGAUAGACAUGAUAGAAAAGGUAAAGAUCGAGUUCGUGACUCUGAUGGAGACGAUAGGAAGUCACCAUCACCAAAUCCACAGAAUGCUCCUUUCCCUCCUCAAUAUUACGGUUAUCCUCCAGGUUUUCCGCCAAAUCCAAUGAUGAUGCCUUACAAUUUCCCGCCAGGACAAGGCCAACCACCUUACAAUUCUAUGCCUUCUGCCGCAGGUCCUGGUUAUCCGCAGCCGCCGUUUGGACAACCUCCAUAUAACUAUAAUUCGUUCGCACCUGGAAUGCCUCCAGGCGCACCUUUUGUGCCACCGGGAUUUGGAAUGCCACCACCACCUGCAAUGCCGCCAGCUUCGUAUCCACCGGCAAAUAAUCCAUCGCCACCACCGAAAUCUGAGAAACCUCCCGAAAAAGAACCACCAAAAUUUGAUACAAAAUCAAGUCUGACCGCUCUGCAGAAACUUUUGGGAUCUAAUUGA